GAGUUAUUUCUGAAGCUCAUCUCGAGAAACUAUUUUUGUUCUCACUAAUGUGGAGUCUUGGCGCUGUAUUGGAACUUGACGGCCGCCAGGAGUUGGAAACGUUUCUGGUCAAGCAUCCCUCUAAAUGUGAUUGGCCAAAACGUAAUGAAGACGAAACGAUUUUUGAAUUUUUGGUUUCUGAAAAAGGAAAGUGGAUUCACUGGAACGAAAGAGUUCCUAUCUUCGAAUAUCCAUCAGAUUAUGUACUUGAUUAUUACGACAUCUUAGUUCCGAAUGUGGACAACACUCGAACACUAUUUCUGAUUGACGUUAUAGCGCGUCAAGAAAAAGCUGCACUCCUUAUUGGUGAACAAGGAACUGCGAAAACGGUGAUGAUUAAAAGUUACAUGUCUCGAUAUGAUCCCGAAUACCAUUUAAACAAGUCAAUCAAUUUUUCGUCCGCUUCCACUCCUAAUAUGGUCCAGCGCGUAUUUGAAAGUUAUGUUGAAAAACGGGUAGGUACCACAUAUGGUCCUCCUGGAGGGAAAAAAAUGACUGUAUUCAUAGAUGAUAUAAACAUGCCAGUAAUUAAUGAGUGGGGGGACCAAAUCACCAAUGAAAUAGUUCGCCAACUUAUGGAGUACAAAGGCUUUUAUUCCUUGGAGAAGCCUGGAGACUUUUCCUAUAUCCAUGAUAUUAUGAUUUUCGCAGCAAUGAUUCAUCCAGGUGGUGGUCGUAAUGAUAUCCCACCGCGCGUAAAAAGGCAAUUUAAUAUCUUUAAUUGCACCUUGCCAUCGAAUAAAUCAAUGGAUACAAUAUUCGGCUCCAUUGGACAUGGAUAUUUUUGUGAAUCUAGAUUCUCAAAUGAAAUUGUGAAAUUUCUUCCUAAGCUCAUCCCACUAACCCGAAUUAUAUGGCAACAAACAAAAAUUAAAAUGUUGCCAACACCUGCAAAGUUCCACUACAUUUUCAAUUUACGUGAUUUAUCUCGAAUCUGGGAAGGCAUGCUCAGAAUUGAAAAAUCAGAAUGUCCGGCUAUAGAAAAUUUGCUGAAACUGUGGAAUCACGAGUGUACGCGUGUUAUUUCAGAUCGUUUCAUAAAUCACUCUGACACGGAUUGGUUCAAAAAGAUGAUAGUUAGCACAUUGGAGAAUGCAGUAGGCCCAGAAUUGUCUGCAAUCAUUUCUAAAGAAACAUAUUUCGUUAACUUUUUACGAGAACCUCCUGAACCAACGGGAAAUGAACCCGAAGAUUUCGUUUUCGAAGCUCCAAAAAUUUAUGAGGAAAUACCAAAUUACGAGUUUGUCAUAUCCAAAGUUCAUCAACAAAUGGAACAGUACAACGAGUACGUACGAGGCAUGAGUAUGGAUUUGGUAUUUUUUCAUAAUGCUCUUGUUCACCUUAUACGGAUAUCAAGAAUUCUUGGAAUACGGAGAGGCAACGCCAUGCUAGUUGGCGUUGGAGGGUCAGGGAAGCAAAGUUUAACACGACUCGCCUCAUUCAUUGCAGGAUUCAAUUGUUUUCAAAUUAUUCUGUCCAGGAGUUAUAAUGUAGGAAGCUUAAUUGAGGAUCUCCGUAAAGUAUAUCGAGAUGCUGGCACGGGACCUAAGGGGAUUACAUUCAUAUUUACUGACAAUGAGAUCAAGGAAGAAGCGUUUCUGGAAUAUAUGAAUAACAUCUUAAGCGUCGGUGAAGUAGCUAAUCUUUUUCCGAAAGAUGAACUGGACGAAAUAUUGAUGGCUGCAGCGCCAUUGAUGAAAAAGGACGACCCUAGGAAACCACCAACACUUGACAACCUUUAUGAAUAUUUCAUAUCAAGGGCCAGAAAUCAGCUGCACAUUGUCCUCUGCUUUUCUCCCGUAGGUGAAAAAUUCAGAUCGAGGUCGCUUAAGUUUCCUGGUCUUAUUUCUGGGUGCACGAUGAACUGGUUUACACGUUGGCCAAAAGAUGCAUUGUGUGCUGUUAGUAACCAUUUUUUGGGAAAAUAUAAGGUCAUGUGUACUACAGAAAUCAAGCAACAACUCAUACAAGUAAUGGGUGAUGUACACGAUGACGUAAGCGACAUUUGUGCAAAAUAUUUCGACAGAUUCCGUCGGCAAACAUAUGUUACGCCCAAGUCAUUCCUUUCAUUUAUCGACGCUUAUAAAAUAAUAUACAAACAAUGGCUUAAUAAUAUCAAUUCCCUCGCUAAACGUAUGAGCAGUGGUUUAAAUAAAUUAGUGGAUGCUGCUGCGCAAGUAGAUGAUCUGCGUAAAGUUUUAGAGAAAACUCAGGAAGAAAUUGCUGUAAAAAAUGUUCAAGUAGAAGCCAUCUUGGUCACAGUAGACGAAAAAAAGAAAGACGCCGAAGGUAUUAAAAUGAAAGUGCAAGUGGUAAAGGACGAAGCAGAGGCUUUGUUGCAAAUUAUUUCGAAAGAAAAAGCGAUCGCCGAACAGAAAUUAAAGGCUGCUGAACCGGCAUUGUUAGAGGCGGAAGCUGCUUUACAAACUAUAAAAGCAGCUGACAUAGCAACCGUUCGUAAACUUGGGAAACCUCCAUACUUAAUUACUCUCAUUAUGGAUUGCGUAUUAAUACUGUUCAGCAAAAGAUUGGAUCCUGUCAAACCAGAUUACGAUAAACAAUUUUUAAUGCCAUCAUGGAACGAAGCUCUAAAGGUCAUGGCAGAUACUCGAUUUUUGCAUAAUUUACAACAAUUCCCAAAAGAUAGUAUAAACGGGGAAACUGUAGAUUUGAUGCUCCCAUAUUUAAAUUACUCUAUGUAUACAUAUGAAAACGCCAAACAAGCGUGUGGAAAUGUUGCCGGAUUAAUUCAGUGGACUAUUUCCAUGGUGACAUUUUAUGGUAUCAACAAAGAUGUGCUUCCUUUGAAGGCGAACUUAGCUAUACAAGUAGGUAAACACGAAAAGGCUAAUCGAAAUUUAGCUGAAGCGGAGAAGGUCUUACGAGCGAAAGACGAAGACCUGAAAGUCGUGCAAAGAGAAUAUGACGCUGUAAUGGCUGAACGUCAGAAAAUAGUCGAUGCAGCAGAUUUGUGUCAAGCAAAAAUGAACACAGCUAAAGCCAUGAUCGACGGACUGGCUGGAGAACGAGUUCGCUGGACCGAUCAAUUAGCAACGUUUAAAUCAGAAAUAGACAGACUCGUAGGUGACGUGUUGAUCUUAGCAGGAUUUCUCUCUUAUUGUGGGCCUUUCAAUCAGGAAUUCCGAGUUUUAUUCCAACAGAAAUCACUGGAGUUCAUUGAAAUUCGAAAAAUUCCAGUCUCCAGCUCUGUUAAUGUUAUCGAUGCAUUAACGGAUACUGCAACAACAGGGGAAUGGAAUUUACAAGGAUUACCAAAUGAUGAUCUGUCUAUACAAAAUGGUAUAAUUGUUACUAAAGCUUCUCGAUAUCCGUUGCUAAUUGAUCCGCAGUUGCAAGGCAAAACUUGGAUUAAAAAUAAGGAGAAAAGUUUCGACUUAAUGGUAACUAAUCUUACGAAUAAAUAUUUCCGGCAAUUUCUGGAAGAUUGCGUUUCUCUUGGACGGCCUUUACUUAUUGAAGAUGUUGCAGAACAAUUAGAUCCCGUAUUAGAUAAUUUAUUAGAGAAAAGCUUUGUGAAAAUAGGCAACUCCUUAAAGGUUAAAUUAGGCGACAAGGAGGUAGAUUAUCACGCCAAUUUUCGCCUUUAUAUAACUACAAAACUGCCUAAUCCAUCAUACACUCCAGAGAUAUUCGCUCGUACAUCAGUCAUUGAUUUUACGGUUACGAUGAAAGGACUAGAGGAUCAACUGUUAGGAAGAGUCAUAUUAACUGAAAAAUGGGAAUUAGAAGCAGAAAGAUCACAGUUAAUUACUGAUGUAACGCAAAAUAAACGGAGGAUUCAAAAAUUAGAGGCUAACCUGUUACAUAAACUUACGACAGUUCAGGGUCCACUUAUAGAGGAUGUCGAGUUAAUGUCGGUACUAAACACCACCAAACAAACAGCUGCCGAAGUCAAUGAAAAAUUAAAAGUGGCAAAUGAAACAGAAGUGAAGAUUAAUGCCGCUCGAGAAGAAUUCAGACCCGUGGCGACACGUGGAAGUGUAUUAUACUUUUUAGUAUGUGAUAUGGCACAGGUCAACUGCAUGUAUCAGACGUCUCUCGUUCAAUUCCUUGAGCGCUUCGACCUUUCAAUGUCUAGAUCCGAGAAAAGUCCCGUAAACCAAAAACGAAUCCGGUAUAUUAUCGAAUAUUUAACAUACGAGAUAUUUAAGUACAAAGCUCGCGGUCUGUAUGGAGAUCAUAAGUAUAUGUUCACCUUAUUGAUGGCUCUGAAAAUUGAAUUACAACGAGGAACAGUCGCCCACGAAGAGUUUCAGUUCUUCAUCAAAGGCGGUGCGGCUUUAGAUUUAAAUGCAGUGGCACCCAAGCCAUUCAAAUGGAUCGCUGAUGCAACAUGGCUCAACUUAGUUGCACUGUCGAUGUUAAGGCAAUUUCAAUUUAUUACUUCUCAAGUGACUGCGUCUGAGAAACCGUGGAAAAUAUGGUUCGACAAAGAUGCCCCAGAAGAGGAAGUCAUCCCAGACGGAUAUUCAAAUUUGGAGACAUUUCGAAAACUACUGAUAACAAG